AUGCCCUUUCUCCGGACUGCCACCCGCGCUGGGCCAUGGGUAGAUCGGAGGGUGCACGGGAAGUUCAUAAACCGCAUAUCUCGAACAAAUCGCUACGUCCAUCGCGAUAACGCUCCUUUGCAGGGGUCCAAUAAGUUCUUGAAAAUAUCAGAGGAAGUUCAGGAUGCUGUCGCAACUGGCAAGCCCGUCGUGGCGCUGGAAACCACCAUCUAUACCCACGGAUUCCCUUACCCUGAAAAUGUGAACCUGGCAAAGAGCCUUGAAGCGAUUGUUCGAGACAAUGGCGGCGUUCCAGCUACAAUUGGCGUCCUGAACGGCAUUGCAAGAGUGGGAAUGAAUGCAGCGGAGCUAACCGAGCUUACGUCUGCCUCUCGAUACAAGAAUGUGCUAAAGGUGUCACGCCGGGAUCUAGGCUACAUUUGUGGAGUGGGGCUGGCCGGAAAACGCAUGCACGGCGGAACCACAAUUGCGGGCACCAUGAUUCUCGCUCAUCUAGCCGGUAUCAAGGUUUUUGCGACUGGAGGCCUUGCUGACCUUACUGAACUCGGGCGAACUCCUGUUGCAGUAAUCAGUUCCGGAUGCAAAAGCUUCCUUGAUAUCCGGCGAACUCUUGAAGUUCUGGAAACUCAGGGCGUUGUAGUCGGGAUAGCGGAAUCAAGUCUCCUAGAACCGUGCGGGACGCCGCAGAGGCCGCAGCAAUCAUUUCUCCAUGUAAGGCUAAUCGAGCUUUUAGACGCUCAGUCAAAUCUACAGCUCUCUUCAGGAAUUCUGUUUACAAAUCCGGUCCCCGAAAAGCACUCGUUUCUCAAGCCGGAGAUGGAUGCUAUCAUCGCCAAAGCCGUCGAACUUUCCCAUCUUGAAGGUGUUCACGGGAGUGACAAUACGCCAUUUGUGCUAGCCAAAAUCAAGGAGCUUAGUGGAGGCAGAAGUGUUGAGACGAAUAAAGCAUUGGCAGCGGUGGCUAAAUCUGAAUUAAAAACCACGACCCCAAAGACUACCAGCUUGAAACCAGCGCCCACAGUACCGGAAAAGAUAGAUAUCCUAGUAGCCGGCUCACUGGCCGUCGAUUUGGCUUGCGAUUUUACUCCCACAGCAACGGGUAGCAAGAUGAUGACCCCCGCGCUGCGUACAUCCAACCCGUCAGUGAUCAGUCAAAGCUUGGGUGGUGUUGGAUAUAAUGUGGCACUUGCAUCCAGCUACCUGGGAAGUUCAGUGCUUUUUUGCAGCGUUGUAGCGGAUGAUCUCAGCGGCCGCAGCGCUCUCGCCGUUCUUGAAAAAGGGAGUGAAAAUCUGCGCUCAGAGGGAAUCCAGAGACUAGCCUCCGGAUCGGGUAUAAGAACAGCACAGUACAUCGCGAUAAAUGACGCGAAGAAGGAACUUGUGCUUGCCAUGGCCGACAUGAGCAUCCUCGAGCUUCACAGCGAGAAGCUCAACUUUGACGAAUUCUGGGAACCAUUGAUCCGUCGUACGAAGCCUACUUGGGCGGUCAUCGACACGAAUUGGAGCCCCGAAACGGUAGGGAGAUGGAUCCGACUGUGCAAGUCUCACGGUAUCAAAACCGCUGUCGAACCCGUCUCUGCUCCAAAGGCAACCCGUCUAUUCUCAAGGAUUUCAUCCGAAAACAACAAGGCGGCUGAUAAACCUAUCUUCGGACCUUCAAACGCCGCGCCUACUAACCAGCUCGUCGACAUCAUCACGCCUAACCGGUAUGAACUCGCGUCCAUGCAUACCACUGCGCGGGAGGCCGGUCUCUUCGACAGCCCAGAGUGGUGGAAAGUCAUAGACUCACUUUCCCUACCCAGUGUCGGUUCAAGGGACCGAUUCACAUCACUUACAUCUGCGAGUAUUGUGGACGAAGGCAUUCCACAGCAGAGUAUCCAGUUGCUCCCAUUCAUCCCAUGCAUUGUCACCAAGCUAGGCCAAGAGGGAGUUUUAGUCACGCAAUUGUUACGAAGCGGAGAUUCGAGACUGACUGAUCCGGAAUACGCUCCGUAUAUUCUUGGAAGAGCUGUGGGCGGCAGCACUGAUGGGCCUGGAGAUCCAAAUGUUGGAGGAGUGUACAUGCGGCUCUUCCCCGCGGCGGAAAAACUAGAGGCGCAUGAUGUGGUGAGUGUAAAUGGGGCCGGGGAUACUUUGCUCGGUGUACUUGUGUCAGCGUUGGCGGCGGCGGAAAAGUAUGAUACGGCGCAGAAGAUACGGGUAGAGGACGUGAUACCCCUGGCGCAGCAGGCAAGCAUCAAAACGUUGAAGAGCGAGUGUGGUGUAAGCUCGGAUAUUAAGAGCUUGCGGCCGCUAUUGGGAAAAUUGGGAAGUGCACAGAUCUAG